AUGAUUUAUGUUCAUUGGUCCGUGCCCCUAGGGGUAGCAACUGUUGUUUUGAUUAUAUUCUCAGUCCAUCAAAUACUUAGGCUUGGGCACCGUGAUCGUAUGAUGCCGCCAGGGCCACCAACACGGCCUAUUAUUGGAAAUGAGCAUCUCAUCCCAAAAUCCAACGCCCACUUUGUAUUCACCGAGUGGGCCAAAAAGUAUGGCGGUAUCUACACCUUGAAAAGGUUCACCAAUACGACCUUGGUCGUAUCCGAUCCGUACAUGAUCAAGGAACUGCUGGAUAAAAAGAGUAGUCUAUACAGCCAUCGUCCAGUCUCGUACGUCGGACAACUUAUCACGCAAGGUGACCACUUACUACUGAUGCAAUACGGCGAAGACUGGAGACGUAUCAGAAAACUGAUCCACCAAUACUUCAUGGAGCCCAAGUGUGAUAAGGAGCAUAUUCACCUGCAAAAUGCCGAGGCGACUCAACUAAUGCAUGACUUCCUGGUCGAUCCGCAAAAUCACAUGAAGCACCCUAAGCGCUACAGUAAUAGCAUCACUAAUUCGCUUGUGUUCGGAGUCAGGACCAAGACAAUCCAUAGCGACUAUCUGAUCCGACUCUUUUCUCUCCUGAACGAGUGGAGCGAGAUCUUCGAAUUUGGGGCAACUCCUCCAGUCGACUCAUUUCCAUUACUAAAAUUGGUCCCUGAGAAAUUGUUUGGAGGAUGGAAGUCGCGUGCCAUGGGCGUGGGCAAGCUGAUGACCGGGCUCUACACUGAAGUCCUUGGCCACGUGGAGCGGAGGCGCGAAAAUGGCCUGAACCGCGGAUCGUUUAUGGAUAUUGUGUUAGACCAGAACGAGAAGAAUGCUCUCACGCCAAAUCAACUACAUUUUCUGGGUGGGGUUCUUAUGGAAGGUGGUUCUGAUACUUCAUCUUCACUUAUCCUCGCCAUGGUCCGUGCAUUGAUCGAAUUCCCUGAAGUUCAAAAGAAGGCCCAAGCUGAGAUAGAUGCUGUUAUGGACGAAAGUCGCUCCCCUACCUGGGGAGACUUUUCCAAGCUUCCUUACAUCAACAUGAUGAUUAAAGAAAGCCACCGGUGGCGGCCUGUCAGUCCAUUGGGAGUAUCCCACGCUGUCGCUGAGGACGACUGGGUCGGUGGUCACUUCAUCCCCAAAGGAUCUACGGUCGUGCUCAACGUAUGGGGCAUGCACCACGACGAGCGGCGCUGGGAAAAGCCCGAGGAAUUCAAUCCGGACCGUUAUACUAGUCAUCCUAAGCUGGCGUCGCGGUAUACAAGUGAUGGGCCCGACCGCGACCAUUUUGGUUAUGGUGCAGGACGUCGCGUCUGUCCUGGCAUCCACUUGGCCGAGCGUAAUCUUUUCAUCGCCAUGGCGAAACUGUUGUGGGCUUUCGAAUUUCGCAAGAAUAUCAACGAUGAUUCAGAGAUCAAGUCAAGCAUCGGCUUUCUGCAGUGCGUGGCAGAUUUCGGGUGUGAAAUCACCGUCAGGUCCCAGAAAAGAGCCGAAACUAUCAGGAAUGAGUUCCAGGCUGCUGGCAAGACUUUUGCCAACUAUGAUUAA